AUGAUUUGUUCGAAUGUGAAAAUCGAAUGCAAUGUGGAGAGAACAUUUCCUUCAUUUCUUAGUCGAUACUGUCAAUUAAUCAUUCAACCAGCAGUAAAUGUCGGAUGUCUUAAAAGCUAUGAUUAUGCAACUGCAGACUAUCAUUGUGCAGCAGCAAGUUUGGACUUAAAUAAUUACAGUGAAUCAACGUCUUGUUCUAAUUGUGAGCCUUUGAUUCUUAACAUUAAAAAUAAGCAUGCUUCAACUUCAAUCCAAGACUUGGUCUACAUUUUAUCACAAGUAAACAUAAAAGCAGAAAAUUCUUGUAGACAUGAGAAGGGAGAAUCGCAAUUUACAAUUCUUGCUUUGCUGUUUCGUAAGCUGAUGGACAUGGAAACAUAUGAGGGUGGCAGCCUUCAGGCUAUGCUUUUGUCUCUACUUCUUCUCAAACAAACUACUCUGACUGCUGACACUUUUCACAAACAAUCAACUGAGAGAUGGAAAUCUCAAAAGAGUUGA